GCGUUGCCCCACCCCACUCUAGUACGUGCGCGUACUCUGUGUGCCGUCGUUCGCCGCAGUCAUGGCGGCCCCGGUGGCUCUGCUUGAUGAAGACUGGGAGGAUUUUAACGAAUUCAACGCGGCUGAUUCGCACAGCAGCUGGACCCCGGGACCGGAGAGUUCACCGCAGAUCCAAAGCGUCGCAUCCUUCGACGAGACGCUGAGCGCGAGCUUCCCGUACUCCAGCUGCGCGUGCACGAGCGUCUCUGUGAGCGCAGUGACUGAAUGCGAGCUGCUGCGCGUUGACGAGAUAUGGAACACUUUGACGGAGAACUAUGGCAAUGUGAUGCCAGUGGACUGGAAAACCUCUCAUACACGUUCACUACACCUGCCCACGCUGAACCUCCAGCCUCCAGAGAGGGUGGAGGUCAAUGAUCUUGACGUGUCUGAUGAUGAGGAGCUCAGAGAUCAGAUGGACAUGCACACCAUCAUCAUCGCAUGUGUGAACGAGGAGCCGCUGUUCACUGCAGAACAGGUCAUAGAGGAGAUUGAAGAAAUCAUGCAACAGUCUCCGGAUGAUGAGGAUCACGAGAGUCCGUCUCAGUUUGACCUCUCCUUGAUGUCACAAGAGUUACACACACUCACACACUCCGCAUCCAGCAGCAGCUAUGAGGAGCGCUUGCGUGGCCUGUGCGUGUCUGAGCUGCUGGAGCGUCUGGAGGAAGUGGAGACGCAGAUCCGGGGUUUCUCCGAGGAGCUGAUCGAUCAGCUGGCGGUGAGGGAGGAGCUGGACUUUGAGAAGGAGGUGAAGAACACAUUCAUCUCGGCACUCAUCGACGUGCAGAACCGACAGAAAGAACAUCGAGAGCUGCUGAAGAAAAGGAGGAAGAUAAAGAGCACAGGCGCCGAACAGAGAUCCAACCGCUCGCAUGUGCCAGGAACCUAUCUGACGACGGUGAUCCCGUACGACAGGAGCAGCGGAGCGCCGUCUGUAGAAGACCUGCAGAUCCUGACCAAGAUUCUUCAUGCCAUGCGUGAGGACAGUGACACAGUUCCUGCUCUUCUCACCGACUACAUCCUCAAAGCACUGGUGUGAGAGAACAGUGUUGUGUCCCACGUAGAGAUUCUGGAGCAGCUAAUAUCAUCGGACAUCUGAUGGUCUUCAUCUCUCCAGAUGGUGUUCUCGUCUAAUCCUGCACAGAACUGCCCCAGCAGUGGCAUUUAUUCCUCUGUCUGAAUGUGUUUUGUUUUGUGUCGAUGUUGUUGUGUGUGUGGGAGCUUGAGUGCAGUAUUUAGGUUAUUUCCUAAUGCAGUUCACAUUUCACUUACUGUCAGAUUCUGCAGCUGUCAUAAAUCAUGCACUUUUGCAUCAUAUUCAGUUUGUUUCGGCGUAGAUCUAGAUGCAAGAUUUCCCUCUUCCGAUCUUUCCAUCAGAUGAAAUGCAAUUAUAGGAAGUUUUAAACUGCUGAGGGCUGGAAAUCAUAAGAUGAUUUAAAAGCAAUCUCUUCAGCAAAGACAGGUACAAAUAUUUGUGUAGGAAACGUUUAUGUAGCUGCAAAAUCGAAACGUUUAUCAUAUCGGAAGGAAAUAGUUCAGUCAUGCUGAACAUAUUUAGUGGUAUUUUUUUUAAAACACAACAUUUAUUUCAUUGCCAGUUACUCUGGUUUUGUUGUGUUCGACCAGCUUUCUAACCUUUCUCUAUAACAGUAUUAAUAUUGAACGGCACAAGUAUUUGCAACCAGUUGGAGUGAAAUCUGUGCGAUCUCAGCAGUAAACACGUCUGGCUGUCCUCACUAAGGUCCUGUAAGAAGAUUAAACGAUUGUCUCUGGUUUAUUAGUUUUUGUUGAAACCGAUGGAAGGUGAUAUUUUUGUAUGUGUGGCUAUAAGGUAAGAUGAAUGUCGCUUUUUGAUGGAGAGAUUGAGAUUUUGUUGAGUCUUGUAGCUGCACCACCACCUUAAAGCGGUAGAUCACCCAAAAAUGAGAAUUUGAUAUAAAUCUUCUCACCCACAGGUCAUCUAAAAUGUAGAUGAGUUUUUCUACAUCACAACAGCUUUGGAGAAAUUUUGCAUUAUAUCACUUGCUCACCAAUGGAUCCUCUGCAGUGAAUGGGUGCCGUCAGAAUGAGAGUCCAAACAGCUGAUAAAAACAUCACAAUAAUCCACACCACUCCAGUCCAUCAUUUAAUAUCUUAAGUGAUGAUAAUUGAUUUGUUUCCUACAAAGAUGCAGAUUUUCACUUCACAAAAUGUGUGGAUUACUUGUGCUGUUUUUAUCUGCUGUUUGGACUCUCAUUCUGACGGCACCCAUUCACUGCAGAGCAUCCAUUGGUGAGCAAGUGAUAGAGAUGCACUGAGGUUGAGUACAUUUUCAGCUAAUUUUUAUUUUAGGAUGAACUUCUUUUAAAGGAUUAUUUCACUUGAAAAACCUGUAUGAUUUAAUUUCUUCUGUGCAUAAAAGGUCCAUAAGGAUUAUGUGCUAUAUUUCAAAUCCAUCUGCUCAGUCACUUUUUAUCAUUUAUUUUUAUUCCACAAAAGAAAGUCAUAAAGGUUUGGAACAUGGGUGAAUUAUUCCUUUAGACGGAAGCAUCUCGCAUAUCUCUUAAUCAGUCUGUUCUGUGGGCUGAAACUUCGCAAAUGCUCUAAUUAAAGCGUCAAAAUAGUUUUCAUGUUUGUAAAGCGUUCAGAAAGUAAAAGUGGCUGCAUGCACUUUCAACUGGUCUCAAAGGGAAUGGUUUUGUAGGACACAACGUUAGUGUCAAGUGUUGGACUACAGCUCUUGUUGGUGUCGUCGGCCCGUCGUGGCCUGAUUCUGAGAAACAUUAGCAGUGCACAGUAAAUCAGGGUACACCUACUAUAAUAACUAGAGGUUCUAUAUUUAUACAAGCAAUAAUGAAAUGUUGCCUUUUUGAAUGCAUGAAAUUUUGUACAUUGAAACUGACCUUAUUUUUAAUGCAGCAUUAAUGGUCCUUUUGAAUUAGUAUUUUAUAAGCAAUGCAUUGUAUGUAGCAGGGCAGUUUUCAAAUAAAAGCAUCUGUUCAUCAA